AUGAUGAGAGUAAUAAAGGAUUGCCAUAGUUGCAGAAUUAUCCCUUUUGCUUAUGCUAGCGGCAUCUUCCUUAUAUACAUCAUCUUGGAGGCAUAUCGAACUGGGAAAGGACGCAUUGUGGUCAGAGGGAAAACUGAUAUCCCUCACCAAACCGACAAAUCAGCCCUUGUGGAGAAGAUAGCCGAACUUGUGGAAAAUAAGCGUGAGGCGAGGCGAGGCGAUGGUAAAACGCCUCAAGCGUACCUCUGUUUAGCGAUUGUUGUUAAAGGCAUACGCAAAGUUAUGGAGGCAUACGCCAAAUUCCAAAGCAGUUUAGAAGGAAUAAGCGAUAUUAGGGAUGAAAGUGAUCGUUCUGGAAUGCGUGUUGUCAUUGAGCUCAAGCAAGGAUCUGACCCAUCAAUUGUUCUGAAUAAUCUUUAUCGCCUCACGUCUCUUCAAUGCAGCUUUAGUUGUAACAUGGUUGGGUUUUGGGAGAUACAAGUACAAACACAAGGUAAUUUUGUGAAGGUGUGGAAUACCUGUCCAUGGCAUAUUCAUAAUGGGCAACCUAAGCAGAUGGGUCUAAAGGAGUUGCUGCAGGUAAGCUAUUUCAAGAAAAUGUUUUUCUUGCUGGAAUUUGUUUUCCCUUAA